AUGCUGUUCCUGUUCCUUCUGUUCUUCAGGGGACUUGUCUGGAAUGGAGAAAGCACUGCUGCAUCCCAGCCUAUGGAAUGGCAUUAUCCAGCAGCAGCAGAGCCCCUGUCCUUCAGAAUAGCCCACACCUCCUCCUUUGUCAACCACAGCUUGGCAUACACCCAAUGCUCAGGCUGGCUAGGUGAGCUACAGACUUACCGCUGGGACCAAGUCUCGGACACCAUUCGCUUUGUGAAGCCCUGGUCCCAUGGGAAUUUCAGCAAGGAACAGUGGCAGAAGCUGCAGGCACUGUUCCUGUUGUUUAUCCAUGGCUUCACCCUGGAAGUGCAGAACUUUGCCAGUCAGUUCCAGUUUGAAUAUCCGUUUGAGCUCCAGAUAUCUGGUGGGUGCACCACGCAAACUGGGAAAGCCUACGAGAGGUUCUUAAAUGGAGCCUACCAGGGAUUAGAUCUCCUGAGUUUUCAAGGAGGUUCCUGGGAGCCAGCUCCAGGUGCAGGAAAGCAGGCUCAGAACAUCUGCAGAGUGCUCAACCAAUAUCUGAUCGUUAAGAAAAUAGUGCAGAGCCUUCUCAGUGACUUCUGCCCUCCGCUUCUGGCAAGUCUUCGUGAAGCAGGGAAGUCGGAACUGGAGCAGCAAAUGAAGCCUGAAGUCUGGCUGUCCAGUGGCCCCAGUCCUGGGCCUGGCCAUCUGCGGCUGGUGUGUCAUGUCUCUGGCUUCCAUCCAAAGCCUGUGUGGGUGAUGUGGAUGCGAGGUAACCAAGAGCAAGCAGGCACUCGGCAAGGUGAUGUCCUUCCCAACGCAGAUGAGACCUGGUACCUGCGAGCAACCCUGGAUGUAGCGGCUGGGCAGGCAGCUGGACUGUCUUGUCGAGUGAAGCACAGCAGUCUGGGAGGGCAUGACAUAGUCAUCCCCUGGGGUGGGCACUCCAUCCUCAUAACAUUGCUGUGUCUGACUGUCAUAGUUGCCCUGGUCAUGGUCAUACUGCAUGCGUGCUGGAGAAAGCAAAGUUCAAAUCAGAGUGUCCAUUCUCCCCAUAUGUCCAACUCUGCCUUUCCUACGGAAACCAAGGCCCAGGACCCCAGGGAUCCAACCCAUCAGCUCUACUUGGCACAAGAAUCAUGGAUCAAAAACAGAAUCCUGGCAUGGAAAAGAAGCUUGAAUCAGUGUUGGUGACACGAGUUUAACCUUAUUCACAAAAUUCUUGUUUGAGUCUUAAAUAUGGCAUGUGGCUACUAAAGAAAAUAGAAUUUUAUGUAAACUGCUUGUUCUGACAGAGACAUGGAAGCCAAUUGAGGAGGAAAACCCAUACUUUUCAUCUUUUACAAGGAUUUUUUUUUUCUGAUUUUAUCACAAGUUCUUCAACAGUGAU